ACGAAUGAGAGCGCUAAAGAGUGGUUGUGGAUAAGUUGCGAUCCGUGGAAAUCGCGUAGUUUUUUUGUGUUCAAUGAGCUAAGUUUUUGCAUUUUUCAACUGAGUUUAUAUAAGUAUUCAAACUUUUUGUGUGCACUGAAAUGCCGUACGCAAAUCAGCCGUCUGUUCAUAUCAGCAAAAUAACUGAUGAGAAUGUCAUAUUCUUCAUCGAAGAUACUGAUUUGAGUGUUGCCAACAGCCUUCGAAGAGUUUUUAUUGCUGAAGUUCCUACAUUAGCCAUUGAUUGGGUUCAGCUUGAAGCAAAUUCAACUGUUCUUCAUGAUGAAUUUGUUGCCCAUAGAUUAGGUCUGAUUCCUCUUACAAGUGAUGAAGUUGUAGAUAAAAUGCAGUAUUCUAGGGAUUGUACAUGCAUUGACUUCUGUCCUGAUUGUUCAAUUGAAUUUACUUUGGAUGUCAAGUGCACUGAAGAACAGACUCGUCAUGUGACUACUGCAGAUAUGAAGUCAAGUGACAUGAGAGUUGUCCCGGUUACUUCAAGACACAGAGAGGAGGACACAAGUGAAUAUUGUGAAAAUGAUGAUAUACUCAUUGUAAAAUUGCGGAAAGGACAAGAGUUAAAAGUUCGUGCUUAUGCUAAAAAAGGCUUUGCAAAAGAACAUGCCAAGUGGAAUCCAACCUGUGGUGUUGCAUUUGAGUAUGAUCCUGACAAUGCUUUUCGGCAUACCACAUAUCCAAGACCAGAAGAAUGGCCGAAAAGUGAAUAUUCGACAAUUGAUGAAGAUAAAGCUGAGGCUGAUUAUAUUCCUGAUGGAAAACCGAAUAAAUUUUAUUUUAAUGUUGAAUCUUGUGGAGCCAUUAGACCAGAGAAUAUUGUCCUCACUGGGCUGCAUGUUUUGAAGAAGAAACUGAGUGAUCUGCAAACACAACUCAGUCAUGAAAUGCAAACUGAUGCUCUGUCUAUUUAAUUUGUGCUGUGAAAAAUGUGGUCAUUUAAAAGAGUGGCUUGAAUACCAAUCAUUAUGUACAUUGUUCCAUUAUUCACUUUUGUUUUUAAUGUGAAUUUUUUUCCCCUUGUAUAAUAAUAUGUCCAAGCAUACCUUACUGUUAUAUUCAGGCUUUACAAAUUUUAAUAAAUUAGUUUUGGAUUAA